GUGUUAUAUAAAUGCUGUAUCAGCCACAGCAACGUGGUGCGUGAAUGACGCUUCCCACUUUAUCCCCUCGUAUACAGGUCUACAAAUCGAAAUCGAAUCUUUUGAUAACAUUUAUCAUACAGUAACAUAACAAACAAUUCAAUUAUUAAAGAUAAAAGAAGCGUGCGUUGUCGCCAUUCAUCACCAUUUUCUGUAACCUCUCUCUCUCUUUCUCUCUGAUCGACCAGUUCAUUAUUGUGUUGGCUCUUUACAAUCAUAUCAUGGCUUCCUCUGAAUCCACUGGAGUGAAGUUUGUGCCAGAAGAAGAUAAUUUCUUGCAGAGACAUGUCGCCUUCUUUGACAGGAACAAAGAUGGUAUCGUUUAUCCUUCAGAGACAUUUCAAGGGUUUAGAGCAAUAGGAUGUGGAUAUUUCUUGUCGACAUUCGCUUCUUUGUUCAUCAACAUGGGUCUUAGCAGCAAAACGCGUCCGGGAAAAGGUUUCUCUCUCUCUUUUCCCAUAGAGGUUAAGAAUAUCCAUCUUGCCAAACACGGUAGCGAUUCAGGCGUUUACGAUAAGAAUGGAAGGUUUGUGGAAUCGAAGUUCGAGGAGAUAUUUGCGAAGCAUUCAAAGACACAUCCCGAUGCUUUGACGGGUAAAGAACUUCAAGAACUCCUCGAUUCAAACAAAGAAGCUAAUGAUCGUAAAGGAGCGAUUGCUGCUUAUACGGAGUGGAAGAUCUUGCAUUAUCUAUGCAAAGACAAGGACGGUUUGUUGCACAAAGAUACAGUGAGAGCUGCCUAUGAUGGUUCUCUUUUUGAGAAACUCGAGAAACAAACAGCUUCUAAGAAACAUCCAUGAAACACACCAUUUGAAAAACUCUUAUUUGGUUGUGAAUCUAUUUGUUUAUAAAACUCUACUAGUGAACAAUGGCGUGAAGAUUGCAAUGUGUUUGGUUUUCUUCUUUUUUAGAUGUUUUUUGUUUGAUCUUAUAUCUUGUUCCAAUAAAUGGUUAUACAUAUGCCAAGUUGAAGGUGAACUUUUUUUUUCUUACACUUAACAUAACUUGUAUUAAAGACCCCAAGGUUAGCCCGCUAAAGAGAAGCCAUUACAGAAAGCUGGUUUGGUAAUGGAUUGAUGGCUUGAUGCCAUAUCCAUAAUGCUAUAAUUUAUAAAAUAGGCC